GAGAGAGAGAGCGAGAGACUACAGGAGCCUUGCAAAAAGAGAAGGGAGAGAGAGAGGGGGAAGGAGAUAAAAGAGCGCAAGGUAGCAGUUGAGGGGAAGGGAAGGAGAGAGGGUCAAAGCCGGAACGCAGCCGGAGAGAGGGUUAAAACAGGAACGCAGCCGGAGAGAGGGUUAAAACAGGAACGCAGCCGGAGAGAGGGUUAAAACAGGAACGCAGCCGGAGAGAGGGUUAAAACAGGAACGCAGCCGGAAAGUAGAAAGACAUAAAAAUCACAAGAAUUUUGCGUUCAGAAGGACAGCGAGGAGCAGAAAGACACUGCCGCGAGGAGGGGGACGGAGCACAUAUAUCGGAGAUCCAGAGCAGGCUCGGAUCAGCACGGAAACCCAAGAUUAUGAAGCCCAUGUGGCUGCUCCUCUGCCUCAUGGCUCUGUCCAGCACCGGGCGCUUCCUGGUCUCCGCCCACAUGAUGCCAGAGGACCGGCUCGUCAGCCAAUGGAACGCCACGGAACACCCCCUGUCCGGAAUCAAUGUCUCUCACUCUCCAUCCAUUGAAAUCGUAGAGUUAUCUAAAGCUGUCAAGAAGAACAAAAAAGCCCAGAAACAGAGGAAGCAGAACGAUCUGAGUGAGAGGAAGAAGCGCCCCCCUCCCCCGGCCGACUGCGUCCCGCUCUGGGGGAGCUGUCACCCCACCGGCAGCACCUGCUGCGACGGCUGCAGCGUCUGCCGCUGCCGGCUCUUCAAGACCGUCUGCUACUGCCGCAUGGGGAACCCGCGAUGCUGAGGCCCCGCCCCAACCCAGGACACGCCCCCCCGCCCCCUUCACAAAAGUGCCACCCACUCUCUGGACAAGCCACCAAGACCCAGAUCAGCAAAAGCCCCGCCAGAGAUGAACACAGGCUCUGCCCCUUCAACUGUGCUUCUAGGCUCCACCCCCAAUACUCCUCACCAUCCCCCAUUCCUCGGACAUGCUCCGCCCCACUUUGUACAAAGUGAGAACAGACCAAAAGGACCCCAGUCCUUCUUGCACUGGGUCAAACCAUCACUUGGUCGAACCAGCACUCGAUCAAGCCAGCACUGGGUCAAACCAGCACUGGGUCAAACCAGCACUGGGUCAAACCAGCACUCGAUCAAGCCAGCACUGGGUCAAACCAGCACUGGGUCAAACCAGCACUCGAUCAAGCCAGCACUGGGUCAAACCAGCACUGGGUCAAACCAGCACUCGAUCAAGCCAGCACUGGGUCAAACCAGCACUGGGUCAAACCAGCACUGGGUCAAACCAGCACUUGGUCAAACCAGCAUUCGAACAAACCAGUGCCGGGUCAAACCAGCACUGGGUUAAACCAGCACUCGGUCAAACCAGCACUAGGUCGAACCAGCACUGGGUUAAACCAGCACUCGGUCAAACCAGCACUAGGUCAAACCAGCACUAGGUCAAACCAGCACUCGAUCAAACCAGCACUGGGUUGAACCAGCACUCGGUCAAACCAGCACUAGGUCAAACCAGCACUCGAUCAAACCAGCACUGGGUUGAACCAGCAUUGCAUCAAACCAGCACUCAAUCAAACCAGCACUGGGUUAAACCAGCACUCGGUCAAACCAGCACUAGGUCAAACCAGCACUGGGUCAAACCAGCACUAGGUCAAACAAACACUCGGUCAAACCAGCACUGGGUCGAACCAGCAUUGCAUCAAACCAGCACUCGAACAAACCAGCCAAUGGGUUGAACUUUAUUUUAGCCGUUUGUCCGUUCUGGGUUCCUGUAGGACCGUGGCGGUCCAACAUGGUGGCGUUGAAGAGAACCCGCCCCAUAGGUCGAUAUAAAGGUCUCAGACUAAGAGGACAAAGACACGUCGAUUCAGAUUAUCAAAGGAUUAUACACAAAUAUUCUUAGGAAUUAAUAUUCCAUCUCUGUCCGUUCCCCUAGAGGCUGCUUAAUGACUGCACCGAACCCUUACCUUAAGCACAGUAAACCCUUCCAUUAACCACAGUAAACACUUACCUUACCCACAGUAAACACUUACUUUAAGCACAGUAAACCCUUACCUUAACCACAGUAAACACUUACCUUAAGCACAGUAAACACUUACCUUAAGCACAGUAAACACUUACCUUAAGCGCAGUAAACACUUACCUUAAGCACAGUAAACACUUAC